UUAAAAGCUGAAAAUUCUAUUUAGAUCUCAUUUGCAUUUGGAUAUUGUGAAGAGAUCUUGCCUGGGGAAGUUUCUUUGUUUAAAAUAUUAGCAGUGAAUAAAAUGAACAUGAAGACAGAUUGUGUUGAACAACAUUGCUCGGAACCUGUUGAUGCGCAGGAAUCCAAAACGAUGUCGCGCACGGUCUACAACGAGCAGAACAAAGGUCUCGUAGAGUCCUUCUCUAUCCCGGCCGAGGUGCACGAGCGAGACGGAAAGAAGUUCGCCAGCUUCGGCUCCGUCCUGCCCAUACACUGCUGCACGCCUGAACAGGUGGCGGAGCGCGCGAAGACCACUCACCAUUACUGCGAUGUGUUCACUGAUGAGAAGUUGGCGCCGCUGGGCGAGCUGGCCUACGUCAGGAUAGACGACAAUACCGCUGAGAAGGUGUUCAUAAACCGCAGCAAGAAGCUGCUGAUAGUGUCGAGCGACGGUCGCAUGGCGCAAUGGCGCGCGGCGCCGAGCUUCGAGUCCGCCAACCAGUACCUCGCCGGCGCCCCGCUCGUCAACCAGGACGGGGAGCUGGUCACCGUCGUCACCGCUAAGAGGGGGAACCACUACGCUGUGUCUACCUUCGAGGGCGAAGGCGGAUACUUCGAGACGUCAGAAUCGUGGAAGACAAUCGACAUUCCAGAAGGCAACGUGGCGUACGGGCUGCGCACGUUCGCGUCGCGCGAGGAGCUGCGCGAGCACGUGGCGGGGCUGACGCGGGCGGGGGAGGGGGCGGGGGCGGGGGAGGGGCGCCCGCUCGUGCCCGUGCUGUUCCGGGGCCGGAGCCCCAGGAUAGCGCUCGUGGCGGCCGGGGGGAAACAACUCGCGCAUAUGUAUCUCCAGCAUGGAAUCGUCGCCGACGUCGAAUAUUUGUAAGAUGUGACGAGUGGAUGAUCGCGGACUGCUGUCGGCGUCUGCCCAGUACAGAUAACUAAGCCGAAAAGUCAUUUCUUUUGCAUUAAAUAAAUCAACCAAAUAAUCGAUUAUUUUUAUAUUAUAAUG